AUGGAUAUUGAUUCGCCCGACACACCCACCGGCCAGGUCCCUCAAGGUCAAGAUGGCACUCCAUCUUUGCAAUCUCAAAUCGAGACUGCCACCUUCUUCGACGACAUUGUCGUCGUCCCUCUCUUAGAGGCUACCGCUUCUCAGCCCCCAUCAGUCGCAAUGAUACGCAGCACUACCGAACAGCCUUCGGCUGCUGUCAGAUUGACAAAUAUGACCACACGCCGUUCAAAGAGCUCGGAUAUGGACCAGCGUUCUAUCCGGCGUCUAAACCUUACCAGAUCUGGUGAACAACAGACCCCACAGCCCAUCAGACAGGCACUCGAUGAGCUGAGGUCUCGUGUGUUUACCCAUAUCCUUCAGCAACUCACAUUGCGCAACAUUCCCACCCAUGGAAUCGACCAAAGGUACCUGAACUGGUGUCUUCCCCGCCUGGUCGACCACAAUCUCUGGGAGAGGAUUAUGGAAGACCUAAUCCUUGUUACGCCUGCUGAACUCGAGCAAGUGCUGGAUCUCCAGGAUGUUGAACAGGUUUACUCUGGAUCUCUUACAGAGUCUACUAGAUUUUACAUCCGUACUUUCGCCUUUACGGGCCAGGAGAUACUCUAG